AUGGCCGAACCCUCCGCUGCGGAAGAGAAGAUGAAGGAUCUGUCCGUAUCCGAGCCUAAGAAGAAGAAGGAGCCCAAGGAGAAGAAGCCUCCAAAGGUCCAGCAGCAGCCAAAGAAGAAGAUUGAAGGCGCUGCGCUGAUCGGUAUCGAUGUCGCCAAAGAGGCAGACCUUGGAGAAUGGUACCAGCAGGUCAUCACAAAGGGACAGAUGAUUUCGUACUACGACGUCGCUGGAUGCUAUAUCCUCGAACCUUCGUCCUACGCCAUCUGGGAAUCGAUCAAGGCCUGGUUCGACGCGAAGAUCAAGACCCGCAAAACCCGCAAUGCAUACUUCCCCAUCUUCAUUAGCGCAGACAAUUUGGAACGAGAGAAGGAGCACGUAGAAGGUUUUGCUGCUGAAGUCGCAUGGGUCACAAAGGGCGGGAAGUCUGACCUGGAGAAGCCUGUGGCUGUGCGUCCUACUUCUGAGACGGCCAUGUACCCUUACUUUGCCCGCAAGAUCCAGUCGCAUCGUGACUUGCCCCUGAAGCUGAACCAAUGGAACAACGUCGUCCGUUGGGAAUUCAAGCAUCCCAUGCCUUUCAUCCGCUCUCGCGAGUUCCUCUGGCAGGAGGGCCACACCGCACAUCUUACCGAGGAGGAAGCAAGUGCCGAAGUCUUGCAAAUUCUAGACUGGUAUUCUGAUGUCUACCAAAAUCUACUCGCCGUCCCUGUAGUCAAGGGCACGAAGACGGUAAAUGAAAAAUUCCCUGGAGCAGACUACACAACGACCAUUGAAGGCUUUAUCCCCGCAACUGGCCGAGGUAUUCAGGCAGCCACAUCUCAUUGUCUUGGUCAGCACUUCUCCAAGAUGUUCAACAUCACUGUUGAAGACCCCACCGCAAAGGAGAACGGCAAGUCCGAACACGUUCACGUGUGGCAGACCUCAUGGGGUUUAACUACUCGUUCGAUUGGUGUCAUGAUCCUGACUCAUGGUGACAACCGAGGUUUGGUCAUUCCUCCAAGAGUGGCUGAGAUUCAGGUUGUCCUGAUUCCCGUUGGAGUCACAGCAAAGAUGUCUGCAGAAGACAAGGAAGCACUCUACAGCAAGGUCAAGAACAUUGCCGAUGACUUACACGAGGUCGGUGUUCGUGUUGAGACUGACUACCGUGAGGGCUACUCCCCCGGUUGGAAGUUCAAUGACUGGGAACUCAAGGGUAUCCCUCUUCGAAUCGAGUUUGGACCCAAGGAUGCCGAGAAAGGCGUUGUGACAACCUCUCGCCGUGACAUCGACGACAAGGACGCUGCGCGCGGUACUACUAGCGUCGACAACAUCAAGACAGAGAUCCCCAAGUUACUCGAGCAGAUCCAGUCGGACAUGUUUGAGCGUGCUGAUAAGAAAUACCGCGAGCAUCGUGUACAGCUUACCAACUGGGAUGACUUUGUUCCUACGCUCAACAACAAGAGCGUUGUUCUUGUGCCCCACUGCGAGGGUGACAAGUGUGAGGAUGAGGUCAAGGCGAAGAGUGCAAGGACCGCACUUGGUGAUGGAGUCGCUGAAGACAAGCAAGCCCCUGCCAUGGGCGCAAAGAGUCUGUGCAUUCCUUUUGAACAGCCCGAGGGUAUCGAGCCUGGCAAGACAAAGUGCAUCAACCCCGACUGUACCACUCCCGCCAAGCAAUGGAUUCUAUUCGGAAGGAGCUACUAG